AUGCAGGUUCCCGAACGUGAGGCAAACUUAGCAACAAGCUCGCUCAAUGACAAGAGCGAGGCUACCUCCACAAAUUUGCAGGACUUCUCUCGGAUAGAUGGUGCCGAUCGCAUCCGCUCAGCUCUGCGUACGAGUCGGCUUGAGAGAACGCUAGAGGAGCAACGUCGGGGAGACAAGAAUGAUCCUGCAUCUCGUUGGCGAAGAGGUGGUCUGAUGGCAGAACAGCUAGGCCAGCAGGAUACUGCCCCCUCCCCCGCGGUCAAGGGUGAAGCAGCAUCAACGUUGAAACGUCCAAGCAAGUCAACAUCAUCCCCUUCAACUUCUCCCCCCACCAAGGUCGAUUCGCUAGCACAGCAAUUACAGAGCUCAAGCUUUUUUGAAAAGUUUCCGUUCUCGUUCAAAAACGAAGCCCAAAGGCAAGAAUUCAUUCACGAAUCCAAGGUGCUCACCAAGCGCAUGGAGGAUCAGAACUGGCUUGAAAUGCUUGAUCCAAAACAUCGCUAUGGAAGCAAUCUCAAACAUUACCAUCGAUACUGGAACACAAAGGCAGACACCAAGCAGAAUUUCCUGCAUUGGCUUGAUGAAGGCGACGGCAAGCACCUUAGUCUGGAAGAGUGUCCCAGGUUCAAGCUCGAAGAGGAGCGUAUAAGCUAUCUAACCGCAGACCAGCGUCGCAACUACAUGACCUACAUUGACAACGAUGCACAAGCUCCAUCUCAAAAUCGUCUCGAGGAGUUCCGCGCCCAGCUAAAGGCACAUCAAGGCCAGGGUCGUCUACGUUGGUGUAGAACUGGUCAGCUUGUCAACACUUCCAAGUACAACCAUGGAGACCUUGGAAAGGGCAGAGGCAUAGCUUUGCGUCAGUCACAAGAAUGGCAGGAUGCCAUCGCUUCAGGCGAUAUCGGUGAAGUUGUUCGAGAUGACAAGAUUAAGUUUCGCGCCCACGCCUCAGAUGGCUCCUCGGACGGCUUCACUUCGGCUUCCAGCUUAUCGUCUGAUGAGGUACAUGUAGUGACAGAUGUCCCUUCCCAACAUGAUGAGCAGCACGAACCCAGCAAUGCCUCGGCAGCAGAAUCUGAAGCUCGAACUCAAAUGACCAAACCUUUCAGAAACCCUGAUCAAAAGCAGCAGAGUCGAAAGGAAAAGCUGCUCGAAGAGGCAAAUUUGGGGCCAAAAUACCUUAUCAAGCAGAAGCUAGGCUUAUAUUCUUCCUCGGAUCGCCAGCAAAUAGUCAAAGGCAACUCAGAUCAAGAUGGUGAUGCGCACGGCCAGGUGUCUCAUCCUGACGCUCUCAUCCGCAGGCGUAAAGCUGAUACUUGGAUCUUUGUCACGGACCUCUCGUACAACCUUUAUGUCGGAAUCAAGCAGCGUGGGCGUUUCCAGCAUUCUUCUCUCCUCGCAGGAUCUCUCGUCACCGUCGCCGGCGUGCUCAAGGUCAAAGACGGCGUCAUUGUGUCCAUCUACCCAUGGAGCGGACACUACCGCUCUUCAUCCCAGCAUUUUGACGAGUUCAUUCGACGACUGCAGGAGCGUGGCUUAGAUACAAGUCAAAUUAAUGUGACCAAGAGCAAGUGGGUCAUCGAAGUAGUCAACCGAUAUGGGAUGUACCGCAAGAGAAAGGAACGCAAAAUCAAGGAUCUAAAGGACAGGGUUCACCAAGCUUGGGACUCAAACGCAUCAUCCCAACCCACCUGA